CGUGCCUAUAGUGGGAGGCGGGACCGCGUGGCCGGGCAGUCCGGCCGCACUACUCAACAGCGUCGCACGACCGCCGCUCACUGGACGCCUUCCACUAGCUGCUCGCUCCUCCGCCGCGCGAGGGACACCUCUGGGAAGUCUGCUACUUGCUCCUGCAGAGAGAAUUCCGCUAACAUGGCCAGGUCACUGCUCCCAUCGCAGCUUCUCGCCCAAUGUGGGAAUUCGCUACUUGUGCUCCUGCUGGUCUGCCUGCCCGCUGCUCGCGCCAUCAGCUGCUACCAGUGUAACUCCUUCGAGGAUCCUGACUGCGACAAGAUAACGAUGGGCAACGCGACGUACGAUCGCCUUCUCAAGCCGUGUGACGGCGACUAUAACGGGGCGGAGCCCUUCUGCCGCAAAAUGGUUCAAACGCUGCAUCGCGACGAGCCGGUGGUCCGCGUGCGCCGCACGUGCAGCUGGGAGCGCAGCCGCAACCCGUGCUACCAGUUCGAGGACGACGACCACCUGGAGGUGGUGUGCCAGUGCUUCGCGGACGGCUGCAACGCGGCCACGGCGCCGGCGUCUCUGGGCGUCGCGACGCUGCUGUCCGGCCUGGCGUCCGUCACGGCCUUCCUGCGGCCGCACUGACUGCCACCCCUCCAGACCUCGCUCUGGAAUCCAGGCCUCUGCACCGCACCACGUCCAGCCGGCCGGAGGCCGCCGCUCGCCUCGUCCGGCGAGGUCGUCGUCUCUCCGUGUGGACAUCCGCGGCCAAAGUGCUCCAAGAUGUGCUGCGACCCGGUGAUCCGAAGGACCAGCGAUCCCAGAGGCGAAAACUCAUCGCGUCUCGCCAUCAUGAUGGCUUGCUUUUCGUCAUUUCCAUUUCUCACUUCAACCGUAUUCUAGAGGCGAGGACAGCGCGAUAGCAAUGUAUCUCAUCAUAAACGUGACUGCAGUGAGAUACUCCCAAAUUGCCGCUAAUCGCCAGAGUUCUGUCACUGUCCUUGCCUCCACGUAUUUCUGUAUCUCUCAGCCAUCAUCAUCAGCAAUCUUACAUUCACUACUGCAGUAAGACACAGCCUUCUCCACUUACAUAGUAAAUACUCAACAAAAUUCAGUUACCUCCGAGAACAAUGAAAAGCUCUAACUUCUGCCCCUCUCCCAGAUGCCUCUCAUUUACAUU